UUUGGAAUAGAUAUCUUCGUUGAUCAAAGUUACCAGAGGGAAGUUUUCUCUUAUGAUGAAAACGUCACCAACCCCAUUUUCACUUGGAACCUCACCAAUUUCUCUACCCUCUAUAAUUACUCUUACACAUCCAAUACGUUUUCUUCUGGAAACAGAAACUGGGUUUUGAAAGUGUAUCCAAAUGGAUAUGGUGUUGGAAAGGAUAACUACUUGUCACUCUUCCUGUUGAGUGAGAACAACGAAAUCAAUUACGUUAAAGCCACGCUACGAGUUCUAAACCAAAUCACAUCCCGCAAUGUGGUGAAGCAAGUUGAGGGAUGGCCCAAUGCAGCAGAAAAUGGAUGGGGUUUCCAGGAGUUCAUAACUCUUGCAGAUCUUCAAGAUAAAUCCAAAGGAUUCGUUGUGAGCGAUAUGCUUCAAGUUCAAGUCGAGAUCACAGCCUUCUCUAAACACACUCCGAUUAACUAGGAUCUAUGGCUCAAACCGGAGAUCUCUUGAACCUGCUCGAGACGUUUUAUCAUUAGUGGAUCGCCGGAGCCAUGUGAUGCGAGACCCGUAGCUACCACUCUUUUGUUUUUAUGUCCAAAAUAAGAA